CCAACCAUCACUUCAACUUCAGACAAUUAACAAGCCAUAUCGCCGCUUCCUCUCUCUGUCUGUCUUCCUACAUCUUCACUGUUUCUAGUCCUUUCCAUCUCUGGGGAUGUCCAGAGGUGGUAGAUAAGAAGUUGCAACCUCCAUGACCUCUCCACAUAUACACCUUUGCACCCAAACUUCCAUAGAGCCAGACAGAGCUUGAGAGAGUAGCAGCAGGCCAGCAGCAGCGAUGGAAGAGUUCACAUUCCCCACCGUCCAGUUUGAGCACUGCAACGCCGUCAAGAAGAAGGCCCCCUUCCCUCACUUCGCCUCCCCGUCCCCGUGGCUCGUCGUCCCCGGCGGCGUUGUGGACACGGCUGUCUACGAGCGCGAGCACCGAAGGAGCUUCUCGGCCGCGGAGCAGCAAGCCCCGGGCAGUGACCACCACCACCUGGGAGGCUACGACGGCCACCACCACGGCUCGGCGAGGUUCGCCGUGGAGGACAAGAUGGACAUGCUGUGGGAGGACUUCAACGAGGAGCUCGCCCGGGCCGCGCAGCCGUGCCCGCUGACCAAGGGGACGCCGUCGUGGGCGGCGACGAAAGACUCCUGGUUCGCUGGCGACGGCUACGAAGGCGCCGGCGAGACGCGGAAGCACGCCGUCGUCCGGAGGCGUAGGAUGGGCCUGCUCAUGAUGCUGAGGCUGCUCAAAAAGCUGUUCCUGGCGCACAAAUCCGGCGCCGCCCCGUCGAGGAAGGCGCCGCCGAUCUGAUGCAGCUGAAAAAUCGAGUCUUCGACUGUGCAUGGAUGAUGAUGUAUCAGGUGUAUAUACGAGAGCGAUCGAUUCAUCAAUACGUGUGUCUCUCACUAGCACAGGACCAAGAACUUGAUUCACAGCCGUCAGUAGCUAUGGCUUUUUGCUGAUGAAUGUUCUUGUUUCUCUGUUAGAAGCUCGUCUUGUCUGUGGCUGUUCAGAGCCUGAUCCACCUAAGUCAGUAGCUGCUAGAACUUGCAGAAUCGGGGCAGCUAUAAGAAUUCUGCAUCGAACAAAUUUGGCAUUUUUGUCCAAUCAGGCUGAUUUUGCUAUUUCGUCAAAUUCUUUCAUGGCUGAACUUCCACAGUUCCUGCGCCAUUUGAAAUUUCGGAAUAAUAAGAGAAUAUUUGCUA